GCGCAUGCGCACGCGAUGUCCCCUCCGGGCGUACGCAGCCGCCCGCGGUAGAGUUAGCAGCGCCCGUGGCGGGCGUGGCGGCGGCGGCGGCGGCGUCCUCGGCGUCGUCGGGCGAGGCGAAGGAGAAAUAGGAGGAAGAGGAGGAGGAGGAGGAAAAAGACGGAGCUGCGGCUUGGGCUCUCAGGGCGGCGGCGGUCGCGGUCUCCUGGCGUCCCGGGCCUCUCUGGGCCCCCUCCCCCAUGCCCGUGGGUGGCCUAUGAGCUGCUGCGGCGGUGCACGCCCGCCCAGCCCGGGAGCAGCAGCCACAGCGUCGUCCACUGAGGCGGCGGCGGCGGCGGCGGCGUUGUUAGCGGUAGCAUGGCGGAUGAUGGGGCCGCAGCCGCGGCUUUGGCGGAGAAGUUCCUGGCGCCUGAGGAGCCCUUCCCUCUGCUGGGCCCCCCGCGAGGCCCGGGCACCUGCCUCAGCGAGGAGUCGGGCUGCCUGGACGUUAGCGACUUUGGCUGCCAGCUCUCCUCCUGCCAUCGCACAGAUCCCCUGCACCGUUUCCACACCAACAGGUGGAACUUAACUUCCUGUGGAACUAGUGUAGCCAGCUCAGAAUGCAGCGAGGAGCUCUUUUCAUCAGUUUCUGUCGGUGACCAGGAUGACUGCUAUUCCCUACUCGAUGACCAGGAAUUCACAUCUUUUGAUUUAUUCCCGGAGGGGAGUGUUUGCAGUGAUGUCUCUUCUUCUAUUAGCACUUACUGGGACUGGUCAGACAGUGAAUUUGAGUGGCAGUUACCUGGCAGUGACAUUGCAAGUGGGAGCGAUGUGUUCUCUGAUGUCAUCCCCAGCAUCCCUAGCUCGCCAUGUCUGCUUCCCAAGAAGAAAAACAAACACCGCAACCUAGAUGAGCUCCCCUGGAGUGCCAUGACAAAUGAUGAGCAGGUUGAAUAUAUUGAGUACUUGAGUCGUAAAGUCAGUACUGAAAUGGGUCUUCGGGAACAACUUGAUAUCAUUAAAAUUAUUGAUCCCACUGCACAGAUCUCCCCUACAGACAGUGAGUUUAUUAUUGAACUGAACUGUCUCACAGAUGAAAAACUCAAACAGGUGAGAAACUACAUCAAGGAGCAUGGGCCUCGCCAGAGGACCACCAGAGAGCCCUGGAAGAGAAGCAGCUACAACUGUGGCAGCACCAGCGGCGUGAGUGGCGCCAGCAGCAGCAGUGCCAGCAUGGUCAGCUCCGCCAGCAGUACUGGUUCCAGUGUAGGCAACUCCGCUUCCAACUCAAGUGCCAACAUGAGCCGGGCACACAGUGACAGCAACUUGUCUACCAGUGCAGCGGAACGCAUUCGAGAUUCUAAGAAACGUUCCAAGCAGCGGAAAUUACAGCAGAAGGCCUUCCGCAAGAGGCAGCUGAAGGAGCAGAGGCAGGCCCGCAAAGAGAGGCUGAGUGGGCUCUUCCUUAAUGAAGAAGUGCUGUCUUUAAAAGUGACCGAAGAAGAUCAUGAAGGAGAUGUUGAUGUUUUAAUGUGACCAGGGUGAAUUUGGCCGUGGGGUUUCUAAGCCUUAAUGUUAUCCUCACAGUUUAUGUAGAUUUUUUUUAAACCAAAUUUUGGAAUAGAGCUGUGCUGAUGACUUAGGUAAAUAUUUGACUCCUCAAACUUAAGUGUGAUAAUGAAAGUGGCUUUUUCCAAGUUAGAAGACUUCACAAGUUGGUUUGUAGUUAAAUCCAUUCAUGUCAAUGUGUAGCUUUGUAUUUAUAAGUCACUCUCCAAGAUGAAUUGAUUCUCUCUGCAAUAGCACCAGUUGAGUUUUUCCAAAGGGUUGCUGUUUCUCUGUUGAUGCCCAGCUGAAAACCUUUUUUGUGGUGUUGGGGGCAAGAAGACAGGCUUAUAGGUGAGGUACUGUUUGUGUAUUUUUAGAGUAUUGUCCUGUGUCUUCACCUGUUAUUUAUUCAUCACGUUAUAUACACACACGAUUAGAACCUUCUUUUCUCUUCCUUUCCAUUCUUUGUGAAGUAAAAAUUUCAUUGGAACAUGAGCCCAGUGAUUGUAGGGGGGAAAUCUGUCAUUGCUGAAUAGUCAUUGGGUGAGAAAACUUCUAAAGGGGGAACAAUAGCCUUUGGACACUUUGGGAGCCUCUAGCUUUUUAGGAUUUUUUUUCUCUCUAAGAUUGAUUUUUCUUUUCAAUUUGAUCUACUCAGUUUAUUUCCUUCAGCAUAACCUGAGCCUUUAAGUUGGAGUAAAUGGUUUCUAGCUUGCUAAGAGAUUGAUGUACAAAAUUUCUUGGUGAUAAAUAACCUUGGAAACUCUUCUGAACACCUUGAACCAUGGGAAUUCUCCAUCAGAACCUAAUUUAAAGUGUCUGCCAUAAUCAUGAACUAGGUACAUGUUUAUAUUAACUAGUUUAUCACCACCUUGUAAGAUAGUGUGAAACGAGGGCAUUCUUUAAAGUAUUUUCAUAGUAGUGUGUCUAAAUGAGUAUUAGAAAUACCGAAAAUUUUAAGUGGCUUAAGAGAGACUUCGAAUCUUUCUAUAGGGAAGUUUAUGAUGGGGUCUAGGUGUGUUGACAGUUGAUGGGCUGCUUUUAAAUAAUUGUUAGAUGAUUAUAUUCUUGGGAAUGAAAUGUUUUUGGGUGAUUGUAGCUCUAUAAAAGAAACAAGUCAGAAUAUUCAUGCCCUAGAGUCCACAUUCUUCUCCAGUACUGUAUUUAGUUCUAAGUAAGUAAUUUAUGGAGAAAUGCUCCAAAUUCCCACUUUGAUGUCUCGAGGUGGCUUUAUUUCAAUUCACUUUGGUACCAAGAGGGUUAAGUAAUGAAACUGAGGGGAAAGAAAAAUGACAAAUGAAAAAGAACUAGGGUAAUUUAUCAGAACAUCAGAAUGUGACUUUUUUUGUAAGUAUUACAAGACCACAUUCAUAAGAGAUCCCAUUGUUUUCUCCCAUUAAUUCUGCUUCUCUGCUUCCCCUUUCUACUUUUUAACACCCUUACGUGGUUUUGUUGGUUCAGGAACUAGAAGGCCAGACAACUAGAAUUUUCUAAGAGAGAGUGGGCAAAGCUAGGCACUAGCUGGACUACAUAAUGGCUCUAAGCCAGGUGUGUCAAAUUCAAAUAGAAAUGGAUCCAUGAGACUCCAUAUUGACUUAGAAAACCACAAAAUAACAUUAUUUACAUUGUGGUAUUGUAUUUUUGCUUGUUUUGUUAAACAUUUCCUAAUGAUAUUUUAAUCUGGUUUAACAGUGGCAUUGAGUUUGACACCUCUUUAGAAAUUUAUUUACAGAUUUCUUACAGUCUGAACCAUGAAAAGUUAAGCCAAGAAAGAAGUUCAAGGUAGUGAUUAUGAUUAGCUUUACUGUGGAGCUUUUUUUUCCCCAAGGAAAACAGGACAGUUGUUAUUCUUUGGUUUGAAAAAAUAUCUUUUGUCCAUCAGAUAAAUAGAAAUUUAUCCAGUGUGAGUUUGUGAAAUCAGAAGAACUUUAUUUGCAUCUCAUUUCUUUUGACUGAAAGUCUGUCUGAUUCUGUGAUAACCUUCAAGACUCAUCUGUUAGAUAGAACUCAAGAAAAAUUUGAUGACUAUUUCCCCUCAAACCUCAUAGUAUCCUGUCUUGGCUGAUUUCUCAUAUUGUACCCAUGUGGGCAUGUUGGAUAAUGAAUAUUUGAGAAUUUGUAUUCUCCCCUUAGUUGGAUGCCUUUUUCCCUUUCACUGAUAUCCCUCCCCAGUUUCAACUCACUUCAGUGGAUCUGUGAUCUCAUCAAUGUGAGUUCUCCUUGCAACCUUGCAGAAAAUAGUAACCUAUCCUGUGUGACUCUUGUUCAUCCUUUGUGAUUCUUGUCUGUGUUCUCCUGUAACUCCUCCAAAAGGGGUCCACCCAGUGCUCGGACCCUUCCUCAAGAUCUUCGGGGUACCAAGAGGAUUGGGGACACCAGAGGAGUGAGUGUACUGGCUAACCAGUUAUCCCUACUUUAUACAGAACUAGCCCACCCCUUUCGUAGUAACUUCCCUUAAACUAUCUAAUAUUGCAAUUGCAAAUGACUGCACAUGUCACUUUAUGCUAUUAUCGUUUUCCAUUUCUUAACAGAAAGGAAGCAUGCUGUAACAGUAGUUGUGUGAAAUCAAUAUUAGUUGUAUUUGGUUCGAAUUCUCUUGGUUUCAUUUCCAUUAUAAUCAUCUUGUGUAUUUUAUUAGUCUGCUGUCUUUGCUCUGUGUCAGAGAUUUAACCGGUAUCCUUUAUACCACUUUUCCUGUAUAGAUUCUCUUUGGUAAUUUGUGGCAGCCGGUUCAUGCCCACCAUGUGCCUCUCCAUUGCCUUUUGGUUGAUUUUUGGUCAACUUUACAUCUUAAGAGACUAGGGUAUUCCAUGACUUGCGCCAUACUGUAUCACAGGAGGAAUCUUAAUGCCAAAAAUGUGGACCUUUGUUUUAGGGUGAAAUGUGGGGUUAUUAAAAACCCUGCACACUCUCCCAAAAGCAGUCCAGUCAGCUCUCUUGCUCCUACUCAAAUCUAGGCUCAGAUCAUUGUCUAUCCACAGUGUCUGUUAAAAAUAGAGAGGUUUCCAUUCCAACUGCAUGUUGUGGUCUGAACAGUAGGCAUUCUUCAUCCAUUUUGUAAAAAUCUUGGAAAAAUAUUGAUGUUUUGUUUUAACAGAGUGUUCACUGAAAUAAAUAUCCCCUUCAUACUACCUUUUCUUAAAUCGUCUAAUACUGCAAUUGCAAUUUACUGCACAUGUCACUUUAUACUUGUAGAAAAGAAAGAAGCAUGUUUUAAUAUUAGUGGUGUGAAACUAUUAGUUGUGUGAAACUACUAUUAGUCUUUUGAAACCAACAUGUCAUUGUAUUUGCUUUGAACUGUGAUCUUCAUUUAUAUUGUAAAUAAUCUUCUGGUUCCUUUUUUUGUUCUGUAUCAGUUCAUAUAGUUCUAACCAUGUUUCUCUGAAUUCUUCAUCUGGUUUCUAACAGCAUGGUCUAUUCUGCCAUUCCUCAGUAGUUGGGUGUGUGACUCUCCUCCCCUCCCCCCGCCACCAAACUUUCCUUCUACUCUGCUAUUUUGGUACCUAGAGGACUUUGCUUUCUAUCAUUGACCUCUAUUCAGUCUGAGUAGUAGGACUAGAUCAAAGGAUAUGAACUUUUCUUUUAAAAUUUUAGUCUUUUUUUUUAAUUAAAUUUUUAAGAAUUUAUUCCCAGGUAUCUCACCCCAUCCUCUCUCUCCUCCUGCACCACAGAAGGCAUUACCCAACAAAGUGAUAUGUAUACAUAAACUAUGUCUUUCAUGUUUCUAUUUCUCAGUUCUUUUUCUGGAGGUGGACAUUAACCAGUUAUUCUCCAAAUCUGCAACUGUAUAGACUGUUUUCUUGAUUCUACUCAUUUCACUCCUCAUUAUUUCAUGUAGGUCUUUCUUUGCAAGUUUUUAAAAAAUUAACCUACUCAUUGUUUUAGGCAGCGCAGUGAUAUUCCAUCACAGCCAGUUUGUUCAGGAAUUCCUCAAUUAGAGAACUAACUUUUCUAACUAUAAUUCUGAAUUGUUUUCUGGAAUGGUUGAACCAUUUCAUAGCUUUACCCGUAGUGCAUUAGUAUACCCGUCUCCCUUAGCCCUCCAACAUUGCCAGGUUGAUGGGUUUCAGGUGAUGCCUCAGUGUUUUUACAUCUCUCUUGUUAAUGAUUUGGAGCAUUAGUAUUCUCUUCUCCUUUUUUUUCCUGCCACUGUCACAUGACUGAAGCCAUUUUAUAUUUUUCCUUAUUUUGUGGGUUGCCGUAGUCAGGUGAUUGAUUACUCUGUGGCCAGUCAACAGGUAAUGAACACACCAGUUGGAUCUGUUCCUCAUAAAGGAACCAUAGUUCCCUGGGACUGGGCUCUGCAGCCCUAACCUUGGAAAACCUUGAGUUCCCUUCCUGGCCAUGAUAACUCAACAGAAACAGACUAGUUUUUUCUUAUGUUGUUUUUUUUUAAUCAAAUUAAUCAUUUAGAUAUAUAACAAAAAUGAGACUUGUUAUUUCUAUGGAGAUCAUUCAUUGAAUGAUUUGAAUAUAUUAAUUACAAUUGAUUUAUUAAUCCAGAUAGGAUGAAUUUUUAUAGAUAUAGCAGAACAACUUAUGAUAACUUCACUUCAACUUUCUUUUCUCCCCCCUCCUUCCGAGGGUUUCAAGUGUUUUCAACCUGAUACAAAAUAACGGCUAGGGAGUAAGCCUUCAAAGCAGGUAAACCUGGGGUCAGAUCUCACCUCAUCUAUGUGACACCUCUCAUUGCUCCAGGUGAAUCUCUAAGGUGACCCAUUGUACAGUACAGUAGAUGUAGUCUACAUUGGUAGGUUCCUUACUGCAGGGCUUCCCACAUGAAGAAAUUGUAGGUUCUGACAAAGAUAGUGCCACUCAACUUUCAGUUCAACAAAACUGUCUUCUUCAUUAGAAAGGAAUUAAAUUGGGGGGGGGGAUCAUUUGAUCUGCUGUCUCAACUAGUUUUUAAGUUGAAUGCCAUCUUCCAUGCAAAAUUUGGUCAGAUGACAUAAAAUCAGCAGUUCUUUGACCAAACCAGCAUUCCAUUGAAUAAAGACAAAAUUGCAAAAUGAAUCCCAGGACACUGACAUUCUGGACUCCUCAUAGAUUUGGUGCAGCAAAUAGCCCAUGUUUGCUCUUUUUUUUAAAUAGUUCUGAUUCUUGGACUCAGUGGUGGUAAAAUUUGUGAUGUGACUCCAUGUUUACAACUCAAAUGUGCAUUUGAGUUCAGAAACAGAAGGGAAAUCUCUUUAAGGCUAAAUUUGAACUGUGUGUGUGUGUAGAUAUUCUUUUUUCUGGUCCCACUUGGGCUUCUUGGUUCUUUCCCUUUUCCUCUUCUCUGUUAUUUAUAUAUAUUCUGUUUUACUGUUUCUGCUGUUUAAUAUCACAUUAUUUCAUCAAAGUCUUUCCAGAUUUCUUUGUGUUCCUCCAACUUGGCCAUCUUAAUUACAUCCUAGUAUUCCAUUCAUGUAACAUGGUUUAUUUCACCAUUUCCAUGUCAGUAGUUAUUUAGGUUACUUCCAGGUUUUUUGGAAGUCAGAUGCCUCUGAAAAUAAAGACAUUUUCAGGGCAUGAUUCUGUUUGGUAACUUGCACUGGUCAGACAACUCUCCAGAAAGAUUUUGUGGUCAUACGUUUCUGCCAGAGUUGUUCCAUAGCAACACCUAUUGCUUUUAGUUAUUUUUGCUAGUUUGUUAGGUUGGUUUUAGUAGGCAUUUCUUUUAUUUUUAGCAAGGUUAAGUAGUUUUCAAGUGGUUAGUAAUUCGUUUUUGAUCAGCUUGGGUAGGGGGUGGUUACCACUAAAAAUUUUUUUAUGGUUCUUAUGGAGUUUAGAUAUCAAUCUGUAUCAUAAUUGACCCUAAAUAUUUCCCCCAAUCUAUUCCUUUUUAAAAAUUAUAUUGAGUUUUCUUGUACAGAAAGUUUUUGCAUAUAUAUAGCUAGACACAUCAGUUUUGUUGUCUUCUAUUUGAAUUGGAAAAAAUCCAUCCCCCUUCCAUAAUUGCGAUAAACACUUUAUUACAUUUUCUUAUGUACUUUUAUGUUUGUCUUUCAGCUGGAAUUUACUAAGGUACAAUAUGUAAAAUGUGAGUCUGAAUCCCUUUCCCACUAAAUUGCCAACCAGUUUUUGCUAGUUAAAUAAUGAAUCCUCUGCUCAGUCUUUUUAAUUCUUUUGCUCGGAUGUUUGAUUUAUCUAGUUUAUUCCAUUGAUUGAUUUCUACAUUUUUUGUAAAGUACCAGAUUGUUUUGAUAAUAACCUCUUGGUAAUAAUUUGUUCUCAAAUCUGGCAAGGCAAGACCACCUUUGUCAGCUUUUUUCUUUACUGUGCCCUUUGGUAUUUUUGCUCCUUUUUUCUAUACAAAUUGCUUUUGCCUUGUUCUGUAAAGAAGCCCUUAACAUUUUGAUUUGUCCUGCAUUACAUAUGUAAGUUAAUUUGGGGUGCAUGGACAUUUGUACUAUGUUAGGUUGUUCCUUCUACCAGGCUUGACCAAAUUUGAAAACAUGAUUGUUUUUUGACCUGGAAAGAACAAGUAUACAUUAUGUUAGGUGAAAAUUUAGAUCUAGAUUUAGAAAUGCUUUUUAUAGUGCAGACCCAAUUAAAGUGUAUCAAUCCUUCUCUUUCAGUAUUUUAAUUCUUUAAGUGUAAUUAUUACCCACCAAGGCCUCUGGAGCUAGAUAAGAAUUUAUGUAGACGAUUAACUUCUUUUUCUGUCACAGACCUAUCUUUGGGCUAUUCCUAUUGAAAGAGCUCCUUUUCAUGCUACCUAAGAACAAAUAAUGUAGUUUGGACCCUUAUAGGAAUGGCACCUGCUUUUAAUGCCAUCAUUUUUAACAGAGUUUUCUCUUAAAAUUUUUGGGCAGGUUAUCUUAAUUUAUAGCUGGAUAUCUAGAGAGUCAGACAGCAUAUUCCCACAUUCCCACUGCAGUAUUGAUACUUGUGGAAUUUUUUAAAAGUCUUUUCUACUUUUAUUCCUAAAACUAGAUUCUUUUUAAUGAGUAAGAGAAGCAACUGAGUUAUAGGAGCUUUGCUAAUUGGCUCCCCAGGCAUUGCUGCCAUCCUUGGGCCUGGGACAUAAGUGCUCCACUUGGAUAAUUUCAGAUCAUCAAUAGUUUUUACUUCCUUUAGAAAUAGUUUACUUACUAAAAAGGCUUCAAAGGAACAUUGACAAUUGAAUUUCAGUUGGACUGUGGAGAAUACAACAGUUGCUUUCCUCUUUUUAGGUACCUAUUCUUAAGUGAUUUUCAGCCUCUUAGCACCAUUAUUAAAUUAAAGCUUUUCAAACACUUCAAAAUGAAGUUCUUUUUUUUCUUUUGUUCAUUCUUUUAUUCAUUAAUUCAAAAGUUAAUUCAUUCAUUUUUCAUUGAUUCAUUAAUACAUUCAAUAAUUUAUCUAUUCACAUAUUCAUUCAAUCACAAAAUGAAGUUCUUACUAAGCACAACACGCAGACUAAUUUGGUCUUCACCAAGUUCCAUAGUUAGAGUUGAAGAUUUGUUAUAAAAUGUAUUUUUCUAUCAUUGUGAUGAGUAGAACCUUUGGAGAUGGUGCCGCAGGGCUCUGUGUGACUUGGGGCAUGGCUCUAACCACGCAUGUGCAUCUUAACUAUAGAAACGAGGAAGAAUUCCUUAAGUUUGUUUGAAGGCUUCAUCUGGAUGGCUUGAAUGGAAUUGAAAGCCAAGACUCUUCCCAUUCUUGGGACUGCUUGUUUUUCAGUUGAUCCAUUAAGCUUGUUAAGUUGACAGAGUUAGUGUUUAGUUAUCUGUCUGAAAGUUUUAGAAAGAUGGUUAGCAGAUUCCCAUUACUGAUGUUUAGUUUCGUUCUGAUAGUUCACUCUUCACUAUUCUGAGCUUUUGUGUGUCUGGAAUUCAAUAACUAUGUUGUCAAAAGCAAUGAAAGAAAUGAAAGUAGAUUUAAAACAUUUUAUAGCUGAUGAGAUUUCAAAUUGGUUUUUCAUUUUCAAAGGUCAAUAGUUAUAUAGCCCAAAAUCAAAACCAAAACAAGGAUAAAAUUGACUGAUCUGAGCAGUUUUCAAGUUCUCUGAAUUAUUGAACGAAGUGGUUAAAUCAGGAUUUCCCUUGAUCUCUUAUCACUGUAUUAUUACACUAUAAUAUUACAUUAUAAUGCACUUUUGUACAUAUAGCUGUUUCCUGUAUAUUCUGUACUUACCACAAUGUAUAUAAAAGCCUUUUUCUGAAGUGAAAGAAUUAAUACUACCUGCAAUAUUCAUAGUUUUUGUUACUUUGAGGCCCUCAUAUUUUAAAAUUCUCAUACAAUUUAAGAAUGACCACAUACAGGUUGCAGUUAAAAACUGACAACAUGGCAGAGGUGUCUAUUGAAACUGUAUAUACGAAUGAAGUAUGUGGAUCCUGAGGCCUUCAUACAGAGAUACCAUUGAUCAGUCAUGUUUACAUAUUGGAUUUAUACCCAUCCCACAUUUGCUCUGCUCUUGCUCUUGCCUAAUCUUUCCCUUCUCAGUCUACCCAAGAAUCUUGACUCAUUGGCCUGGAAGGAACAUGACAAUGGUGCUACCUACCAUGGUGCAGUUGACAAAUUAGCAUUCUGUAUCAUGGAUUACAUAGAGUGGCAUUUUGAUGCUUCUUCCCUUGCCCUGUCUCCUUCAACACAUGUAUAUGUGUGCACACGCGCGUGCGAGCGAACACACACACAUUUUCUUUAAUCUCUCUCUGUAAGCUUUUUUGUGGAUGUCAUUUUCCAGGGUUCAUUCAUUGGUAAUACCAAAAUUUGCCCACAGAGAUCAGAUAUUUCCUGACAUUUUAUGGGCAUCAUAAUUAAGUGCAUUUUUUUUUGUCAUUAAAAAAAAAACUAAUAUAAACCAGCUUAGAAAGUUUGCAUAGCACCUGUAACAUAGUAUUUUUUUAUUCUUUCUCACUUCAGAGAUCGCCUUUCACAGAUUUUUCUAUAAAAAUGAAUAAUUAUAAACAGAAUAUUUCCAUUACCGAUGAAAUUAAUGAUUAUCAUUGAACCAUAGUCACGAAAUAUCCAGAGAUGAAGACUUCAGUUAGAUCUUCAGGAAGAUCUUUGCCACUAGAGGGAUGGUUACAGUGGAGAAUAAAGAUAGCUCUUAUCUCCCCUACCCACUCUUCCCCCAGUUGAAAAGCUGUAGUAGUAUAUAGAUUGAAAUGGACCAAUCCAUUUCUGAUUGCAUUGGGGAAGAAACUGUGGGAUCGGGGGAGGUAGCAAUGUUUUUUCAAAGAUAUAAGGUUCAAGAAGAUUAUUCAUAUUUUCCAUGAAAGUUGAAUUCUUGAUUUUUCUGUAAAUUUAGAUUUUAAAUAAUGUGGCUUAAAACAUGUGGUUCCUAUAUGUAUAUGCUCCUGCCUUUGGUUGUGUAAAACUUUGGAUGGGAUACAAAACCACUUAUCAUAGUUGAAAGUGAACUUUAGUUAGUGAUUGAGAAAUGGAAGACUUGGAGUUUACAUGAAAGGAAGAAGUUACUUAAACUUAUGAAAAGCCACCAUUACAUUUGGGAACUGGGCAUUUUAACACAGUUCAGCCUACAGCUUUCUCAAAUCUUAGCUAUUUGGUUUAGUGAGGGAUGACAACUGAUGAUUGUGUAAUUUAGUGGGAAAUUACCUAUUCCUAGUUUAGGAAUUUCUAGUUCUCUUUCCUGUUGCCUCCUAACUUUUUCUCAUUAACCUAUUUCUCCUUUCCUCUGACAGAAGCAGUUAUUAGUAGCAUAAAUGUUCACAUAAGGAGGAAAAGAAAUCCAUUUUACAUUGCUAUAUUCUUGUGGUAUCAGAAAAAUCCAUUGACAGUGAUGUGAACUACAAACUCACACUCCAUCCAGUGUUUGUGUCGCAUUGUAUGGCAUAUGGGGGCAGAGAAGCUCUUCCUGCCAUGCUUGGGUGAGUGUGUGUUGUACUUGUCAUUUGGGGCUUAAUGGAACAUCAUGUAGGCUACGUGUUUGAAUGUGUGUGCAAAUGAAUAUGUGUGUGCAUGUAUAUGUGCCUGUGUUAUAUCUUAGAUUUUUAGUAGGUUGAAAGAGCUGGCUUUGAAUUUGCUUUUUCUAGUGAGUGAAAUUCAUCAACUGAAUUUCUUUGUCAUUUGUUCAUUUUAGUAGUCAGGAUCCAAGAGAAUUCAUUUAAAAUAAAUAUAUAGUAUUUGUUGUUCAUUUUUGUUUUAAAUUAAGCUCUUAAAACUUAAAAGUUAAUCAUGCAUUUGACUAUCACUGAUAGAGUUAAUAUUUUAUACUCUUACUGUAUGAUAGGCAGUAAACUACUGAUGGUGUUAGUUUGAACACAUUUUCACUGAGCUCAGUGAACAUUUUUGAGGUAAAAGAAAUCCAUGUCUGUUUUUCUCCUUCCGUUUGAGCCAUGGGGAAUAACUAACAUAGAAUGGGGGGAGAGGAGAGAAGGAACUACUGAAGAAGAGUGGGGCAAAACCAGAAAUUAUCUAAUAACCCUGGGACCUAGAUCAUUUGGGCCACUUUUGGCCAGGAUAAUCAGUAAAUAUUGUUGAGCAUCUACUGUACAAGUGCACUUUGCUAGCCAUUUUAAGGAAUUCAAAGAAACAUAGAACAUAGUCCCUGUCCUCAAGUUCUUCUAGCAAUCAAUUGUAAGAAAUUCAAAAUCCCAAAUAUGUGACUUUUAUCAAGAUUAUUCUUUUUAAACAAAACAACAGAAUUUAGGUAAAAUAAUUUUAGCUUUCAGAGAUAUAUUAGAGUUGAUCUCAUUUCUAGAUGAGGACAAUAGGAUGAAGUCAGUGAAGGGCCCUUUUCCAGUUAGUAUCAGAGUUGGGAUUUAUACCUCAAGUCUUCUAACUCCUGGUCCAGUACUUGCUCUACUGUAUCAUGUUGUCUCCUACACAGGUAAACUGGCAUUAAAAUGACUACAUUCUCUGGAAUUUGUGUUUCUGGGAAUGGCAAAUCUUGCUCUUUUGAGGGAUGAUUUGGUUUUGGAAACUAGCCAAAAAUGAUCUGGAGGCAGAGCUAGGCGGUCAAGUGGAGACAUAGGGUUUUCAUUCCAAAAUAAAGUGUGAGCAUUCCCCCCAAAUACAAAGAAGGUGAGCAGAGGUAGUGACUUCAUGAUAGUAAUUGUCCAGCCUCCCAGUGUCACCACCUUUUAGAGAGCAGUGUUCACUUCUAUUCUCAAUAUGUGAGAAGGCUAUGCCUUAUUUAGCCUUGUAACAAGAAAAGAAUGGCUCAGAUUGUGUGAAUGAAUACAUUGGGGGUAAAAUUUAGACAGUCAUCUACCAACUCCUAGAGUACUAUAGAAAUUGGGGGUGUUCCUUAGAGUUUGGCAAGAGGUAGUUUUAGGAGAGAGAAAACUGGGUUAUGUGCCAGGUCAAAAAGUUAUUGAUCAAUUGUUUUAUAUUGAUCGAUUAGUUUUAUACUCAACAUUUCAACCACUUGGGUCUUCUCACUAUGCUAAAAGUAGAUUGUACUCUUUCCUCCCUUUGCAAUUUUUGCUCUUACUUCUCCCUAAUGCUCCCUCCCCUCAUACCUGAAUUGUCUCUUCCCUCCUUUUUGCCUGUAUAAAUCUUACCCACUUUCAGAGGACCCAUACCAAGUCCCAUCCCUUUCCUGAAACCUUCCGUAUCUGUUUAAUGUCGAUACGGGUCAUUUGGGGGAUUACAGUCCGCUACAGAGUUGCAUUGUUACCUAAUUGGUGUGUGUGUGCGCGCGUGUGUGUGCGCACGUGCGCGUGUGUGUGCGUGUGUGUGUGCGUGCACGCGUGUGUGUGUUGUGCGUGAGCGUGUGUGCGUGUGUGUGCGUGCACGUGUGUGCGCGCGUGUGUGUGUUGUGUGCGCGCGUGUGUGUGUGUUGAGUGUUGUUAUGUAGAAUAUAAGCUCCUUGUGUGUGUUGAGUCUUGUUAUGUAGAAUAUAAGCUCCUUGUGUCUGUGUCUGUGUGUUUUGAGUCUUGUUAUGUAGAAUAUAAGCUCCUUGAGAGUAGGGACUGUCUUCUGUUUCUUUGUUCUGCUUCCCCACUUAGCUGUGUGGGGGAGGACUUGGUCAGAGUUCAGUAGAUACUUAAUGAGUUGGACCAAAUAACACUGGAAACAAAAUGAUUUUGAACAAUUCUAAGAAAAGCAUUGAAAUUAAUUUCUCCCUUUCCUCUACAAUCUCCCUGUUGCUUUAGGGGAUCCAAAGAUGUACUGUUUCUAAGUGUGACUUAGCUUUAGUCACUUGUGAGUAUCUGAAGGUAUAUACUGAAGUGCCGUUAUUAGUCAUGAGAGCUUUUAGGAUUUGUUCAGAAAGAAAUAUAUUUUGAUCCCCAAUAGAAUUUCAUAAAGCUCUGGGCACAACAUUCUUCCCUUCCUCCUGUUUUAAAGGAGUUCGAUUCAUUGAAAGCAGUUGUGAAAUUCUAUGUUUUCUACCAAUCCUCGUUCUCUUUGAAAUGAUUUGGAGAUGUAUAUUGCUGUUGGUUGAGCUUGCUACAAGUGCCGGUGGUUGGGAGAUGAAGCCGAAGGCUUGCUCUUCGGACAAGCCUGUUUGUUUCUAGGCUGAUGAAGUGAGUGUAAUUUAGGGUUCUUAAAUAUUGUAUUGAUGUAUGUAUUAAAGUUCUGGAACACUUCUUGCUGUUGCAUUAACCCUGAUUUGUCUGUGAUGCUUGAUUACAUUUUAUAGCUUUGUCCGUUCCAAAUGUGCUGAUGUGUAUAAGGAGUCAUCACUUCAUCGUAAUUGCACACAAACUUCCUGUACACACUGAUGCUGAGACCAAUAACAUGACUACCAUAGCCAGAAUAAACUCAUUCGCCUAUUAAUUUAGUGCUUGUACCUGCUUUGUAAGGGGAGAAUAGUCUUUAAACAAGCCUAGUAUCAUUGAUUUGUGGUUCCUCAUUUUUACUUAGUAACUCGUCUGUGAUCAUAGUAUAACAACAAGGUUGUGUUUGCUCAGUGGUAGUAGCUCCAUGUAUCUCUUGUGCAUCCAGAAAAUGGCCUCGGCCAUGAACUGUGUGUAUGAUUAAGAGUUGUCUAAAGAUAUAGGGGGGUGGGAGUGGGGGGGGGAAGGGGAGAGGAGGAGAAAACCCCAAAGAAGAAGUGGGAUUAAUAAGCUGGAUUUGAACAUUUCAAAAAGCCACUCAUGGGACUUGCAAGUCUUCAUUGGGGACCUUGCCUGUUGCUUAGGCUCGGAACUGGAAACAAGUUUUGUCUCAUCUCUAUUUGCCCCACUUUCAAGUCUCUCUGAGUAUUUGCCACACUAACCUUAUAUUCUGAAUGGUAAAUGUGGGGGAAUUAAUAAAUUUGUUCUGCCACUUUA